UGGACCGGCAAGGCGGGGGCGGCUUUGGUUUUGCUUCAGUCUCUCACGCCCGGCAUCGCAGGCGCACGAUGCCUUUGUUUUGGGGGAGGGGACAGUGCUUGACUCUUUAUCUUCUGUCUUGCUUUGUGGGCCGAGCUCCCGCUCCCUGCCCGGGAGUGCACAGGUCCCACCCUCCCGCGGUGUCCUGCUGCGAGCCCACUGGCCUGGGGGAGGUCCCCGGCGUCCUCUCCGUCUCCUCUGCGGAGCAGCCGGGGCUGGGCCGGCUGGGGUCACCGCGCGGGCUUCGGGGCGCGCGCCUGGCCGGGUUGCUCAGCUCCCCAAGCGCCUACUACCAGUUGGUUGGCCUGCAGGGAGACGUCUCGUUCUCAGGCAAGGUCCCGGCGCCUGUUUUCUUUGGGAACUUGAUCUGGGCUUUUUAUUGCCUUUGCGUCCGUGUUUAGUGAGGGCAUUUGCUGCCCCCCCCCCCUUGAGCGUGCAAACCACAACAUCCUAUGCUGAUUUCCGUGUCACAUAUUCUUAAUGCUCAGGAAACGCUUCCGGAUGUACAACCAAGAUUUGAGUUCCUGAACCUGGAAAGCUGUUCACUGCCUAGCCUCACUGCCACUCUACGAUUUCCGCCAGGAUUUAGCACUCAAGCCUUUGAGUCAGGAGAUACAAAGACCUCCAAGAAAAGACCAGCUCCUCGGAUGAGCCCCCUCACGGAGAGAUGAAGGGGCAGCAGAAAACAGCUGAAACUGAAGAGGGGACAGUGCAGAUUCAGGAAGGUGCAGUGGCUACUGGAGAGGACCCAACUAGCGUAGCUAUCGCCAGCAUCCAGUCAGCUGCCACCUUCCCUGACCCCAACGUCAAGUACGUCUUCCGAACUGAGAAUGGGGGCCAGGUGAUGUACAGGGUGAUCCAGGUGUCUGAGGGGCAGCUGGAUGGCCAGACAGAGGGCACUAGCGCCAUCAGUGGCUACCCUGCCACUCAGUCUAUGACCCAGGCAGUGAUCCAGGGUGCGUUCACCAGUGAUGAUGCAGUUGACACAGAGGGAACAGCGGCUGAAACACAUUACACGUACUUUCCCAGCACCGCAGUGGGAGAUGGGUCAGGGGGUACCACAUCGGGGAGUACAACCGCCGUUGUUACCACCCAGGGCUCAGAGGCACUACUGGGGCAGGCAACCCCUCCUAGCACUGGUCAAUUCUUUGUGAUGAUGUCACCACAAGAAGUAUUACAGGGAGGGAGCCAGCGAUCGAUUGCCCCCAGGACCCAUCCUUACUCCCCUAAGUCAGAGGCUCCCAGGACAACUCGAGAUGAGAAGCGCAGGGCUCAGCACAAUGAAGUGGAGCGCCGCCGCCGGGACAAGAUCAACAACUGGAUUGUACAGCUGUCCAAAAUCAUCCCAGACUGUUCUAUGGAGAGCACCAAGUCUGGCCAGAGUAAAGGCGGAAUCCUUUCCAAAGCCUGUGAUUACAUCCAGGAGCUGCGGCAGAGCAACCAUCGCUUGUCUGAAGAACUGCAGGGCUUGGAUCAGCUGCAGCUAGACAAUGACGUGCUUCGACAGCAGGUGGAAGAUCUUAAAAACAAGAACCUGCUGCUCCGAGCUCAGUUACGGCACCAUGGAUUAGAGGUCGUCAUCAAGAAUGACAGCAACUAACUAUGGAGACUCUGGGCUUUGGGCCCUAGAACUGCAGGCAGCUGGGAGCAGCAGACUAAUCGCAUAUGCCCCUUCCCUCCACUGCCUCCUUCUGGCGUGGGGCUGGGGGAGUUUGGCAAGCGUGUCUUGGAGCGGAGGCCCUGUGGUGUGGUAGUCUGCAGAGAACGGUGUGAGACACUCCGUGGACAUGUACCGACAGCCUUGCUUGCUCCCACCGUGCAGUCCCUGGGCGCUUGUGCCCCUUUUGCACAUUGCAUGUGCUGUCCCCUUGAUGGACACUGGACACACUAAAUCUGGGCUUGCCUGUGCUUGCUUAGAGCGCCCAGCAGAGGGUCAGCGGGCACUCUGCAGGUCUAGCACUUCACUGCUUCCUCCUCUGGAGCAGAAGCCAAGAUACGCACCUCAUGACUCUGGGGAGCAGGUGUAUUCAGGAGGCAGGGAGGAUGCUAAGUGGCUGCUAUCCCAUGAGUAGUGAGUGAGAGGGUUCAGCUCAUCGAGCAGCUGAGGCCUCUGCAGAAGGCUCUGGAGCCAGGGAGGACUAUAGGCAGGGGCUGACUGGGGGCCUGCCCCGUUCUGGGGUUGGUUCU